CGAGUCUAGAAUGAAGGAUCAAUCACAUGUUGACCAAGAAAUAAGCGCUAUUACGACGACCCUUUCAACAGACCUUGUUUAAAAGCAGCAUGAAGGCCAAAAUGUUAUGCCAAGAACUGAUAUUGGACUUAUUGCCUUUCCCUUUGUCGCCAUGAUGACUGAAAACGCUGAUGAAAAUGACAACAGAAGAACGGAGUGCACCUUUCCACCUGGAAGCAGGCGCGUGGAAUAUGAAGACCUAGAUCCCGUCCAGAAAAAACUCGAACAUAUCUUCGCAACUAUGAAGCAUGACCCAACGGGCGCGGGCAUAAGCCAUCUCGGGCGAGACGGAAUCCAUCGAUCCCUCACUGCUGACCGCGAUGUUGUUGAUGCCGUUCCUUUCUCGCCGCCUCUCAUCAAAGCAAUGCUUGAUCGCUUCCCCCACAGCGAGGAAUUCGCCAAGAUAUUCCGCGGGGUUGAUGGGACAAAGACGCCGAAAGAACAGUGGUACGAGCCUUUGCCAGGAACUUUGCCUCCCCCGCUUGAGGAAAAACAUCGCGAGGAGGCGAAAAAGGGAGAGGAAGACUAUAGGAAAUGGUAUGAGGAGAAGAUGAAAAAGGUUGAAGCGGGAGUUUUUGAAAGGAGAGCGGUUUGUUUGAUGUCGAAUCAUGACCUCGGGCCAGAGGCAAUGGCAACAAAAUAAGGGAGACAUUAGAAUUGGUUGGCCGAUGUAGUAAGAGAGCCAGGUUCUGCGUAGUGAUCAAAACCUCGCAGCAGUAUUAGCUCUGAAUCAUACAUCUAAAAAGCGCACUUAAUGUAAAACCAUUGCUUACUUACCAUUGGGAAGUUUAUGAUGGGUUUCGGAUUAACGAUAGG